CUUCGCCCGGCCACCCCUCCUCGGGGCUCGGCCGGGUCGUGUACUGUCUUCUGGAAGGCUAACAGGAGCAGCUAAAUUAGCAAAUGGAAGAAAGCAGUUUGGCUUAAGAAAAGGAUGUCAUUCUGAUGUGGAGUCUGGAUACUCCCUCUAUUCCACUGACUCUGAUGAUCAGGUUGAUACUGUUCAUAGUGGACUUGACCGUUGUGCAGCUUUGCUGAAGAAUAUCUUACAAAAUGAGGCUACAGGAUGUCAAAAUACUACAGCUUUUAAUUAUCGAUUACCUACCUCCACAUCAGCUCUGUCCCUGCAGCAUUCAGCUAAUCCUUUAUCUACUCAGCCAGAUGUUCCUGUAGACAGUGGCAAUGGAUGUGUGCCAGAGAUGGGACGACCUGUGGCUUGCCCGGUUGUUUCUGCUGCUUCUACUACUGCUGCACAAAUACAGCCUGCCGCUGCUCUUCCCAGUGUGAUCCCUUGGGUAGCAUCAGGAGCGUGCAGUAACUCUGCAGUGCCUGCAUUCAUCCCAGCGCCUGCCGGCAGAGAGAUGGGCCCAACCCACGAGCAACGGGUAAAAGAAGCAGACUUGAUAAGAUGCAUACAAGCUCACCUGGCCUUGUUACAGUCACAUGAAAUGAUGGACAGCAGGACUGAGCAGAAGUGCCAUCCUCAUUGUCCAGCAAAACAUAAUGCUUCCAAUAACAACGAGGAGGAUGCUUCUGAAGAACACAGUGAGGAUACGGUUGACGAAGACGACCAACUGAAUGUACUUGACAUAGCCCCAGUGAGAGAGACAAGCUGUAAAACCAGUUUUGUGAAGAAAGUUCUAAAAUCUAGAAAAGAAGAUCCAGAAGAAACAGCCCAUAAAGUGAACACUGUAAAAUAUCUUCUGGGAGAGCUCAGAGCACUGAUAACAGAUCAAGAUGAUUCAGAAAUGUUAAGGUUGAUGAAUGAAAUAGAAGACUGCAUAUCACUGCUCCCAGCGGUAGUGGAAAGUAUGAAUAUACAAGCUGAAAUAGCACUAGCUUUACAGCCUCUCAGAAGUGAAAAUGCCCAACUGCGUAGGAGACUAAGAACAUUAAACCAGCAACUUGGAGAACGAGAAAGAAGUGAGAAGACAUCUGGACAGAGCUGCAACUAUGGAUCUUCUUUGCAGUCCUUGAACUUGAUGCUCCAGAGUCAAUUGAAAGAAUCACUGAAAGGCCUUGAGUCACUGCAGGCUAAAAAUGAAGAACUACUUAAAAUAAUAGAAAGUCAGAAAGAAGAAAAUAAACGUCUUGCAAAAGAUAUUCAAGAUAAAGAAGAAGAAUUGCUUGAAAACAAACAGCAUUAUGACAUUCAUUCCACCAAGCUUAAGAUUGAAGUGGAUGAGGCAUUAGCAAAUGUGAAGAGCCUUCAGUUUAAGCUGGAAGCUUCAGAGAAAGAAAAUAAGAUUUUGGGCAUAACUUUACGUCAGCGUGAUGCAGAAGUUAACAGACUGCGUGAAUUAACCAGAACCUUGCAGAGCAGUAUGGCCAAGCUUCUGUCUGACCUCACAGUAGACAACAUUAGACCCAAACCUGAAAAAGGUCUCUCAAAAUCUCUUUUGGAAAAUCAUGAGAAGCAGAUGCAACCUGGUCUGUUUCCUGGGAGUGCUUCAGUAAUGACUUGCUUUAAAAAAUUAGAAAUGGAUCAUAUUUUGACAGAUACAGAACUUCAGUUCUCAAAUAAAAGUGGAGAAUUAGAAAUGCAAAAUCUAGCCUAUGAAGAAUUUGCUGCUGAAGGAAGUAAAGUAAACAAUACAUUCUCAGAAGAACUGACAUCAACUCCCAGAAUACUGCUAACCUCACUGAAGCCAGAUGCAGAAACAGUUAGUGAUUCUGGGACUCUACUAGAUGACCAAAGUAAGUUAGAUGAGACUGUUUAUAUUCCAUUGACUAACGAUGCCUCUAAAAACCAGCAGCCAAUCUCUGAAAGAACUGCUGUGCUACCCCAAAGUAGAGGGGCUUGUAAGAUGUUGGACUGCCACUGUGAGCUCUCAAACUCUGUGCAGCAGAAUGGAUGCGAGAUAUCGAAGGAUCCAACUCUUCUGGAUAAAUUAAGUGCUAGUUACAGUGUGAAAAAGACUAUGGAAAACACGCUUGAAGGUACAGGGGAUAAAGUGAAGCCAGAAGGAGACAAAGUCCCAAUGAGGCUAAAAGGCACUCUAAGUGGAGCUGCAGAAGACUUCGCAGAUAAACCAGACCAACCUCAGCCUGGUACAUACCCUCACGUACGAAUGCUAUUUCCAAAAGAGAUUUCUCAGAAAAAAGGCAGUGAAAUAGCUGAUUUUAGUUCCAUUUCAUUUGAUGAUACAUCGAGGAAGUCUGAGUGGAGUGCAUCCUCUUUCUCAACAUUUACUUCUCGAGAUGAAGAGGACUUCAAGAAUAGCUUAGCAGCCUUGGAUGCCAACAUAGCUAGGUUACAAAGAACUCUGCAAAAUAGCAUUAUGAAACAAUGA